AUGAUGGAUCCGAUGAUAGAUAUUACCCAAUCUCAACUUCCAGAAAGACCAGUUACCGAUUUACUAGAAAAAUUGGCAAUUAUUGCAGAUGAACCAUUAAUAAAUGAAAAAGCGAGUGAAAUUAAAGCAGAAAUUCGAAGUCAUCCUUUCAAGAAUGCUUUAUUUAGUUGUUUUGUUGAUUAUGUUGAAGAAGAAGACCCACAAUUGAUACGUCUUGACAACAUGUUAAUUGCUGAGGGAGUUGCUAAUGGUGCAGGAAGAUCAAAAAAUGAUAGUGUUUCUGUAUCUAACGUUGUUGGAGACAAAAAUGAUUUUAACUCUAGAUUUGAACAAAUAAAAAGUUUCUAUAACCAAGAAUUAAAAAAAUAUGAGGAUGCUGAAAAACAAUUUAAUCAGCAUGUUGUGUCAUUGUUAAAUGAACAAUCGACUAUUAGACCUAUUCUCAGUACUGAGAUAGAUAGAAUGGUGCAUACAAUUAGGAAAAAAUUUAUAAAUAUACAAAUUCAAUUAAAACAAUUGACUUGUGAAUCUUUUAUGAUGCUUAAAUCUAGGUUCAUGGACGCAAGGAGGAAAAGGAGAAAUUUUUCAAAGCAAUCUGUUGAUUUAUUGAACGAAUAUUUCUAUGCUCAUCUUAGUAACCCCUAUCCAAGUGAAGAAGUAAAAGAAGAAUUAGCUAGGCAAUGUAAUAUAACAGUUUCUCAAGUUUCCAAUUGGUUUGGUAACAAAAGAAUUCGUUAUAAAAAAAAUAUUGCAAAAGCUCAAGAGGAAGCUUCACUGUACAAUGCAAAAAAGAAUGCCGUUCAACAACAAAUGUCACAUAAUCCUUAUGCUAAUAUGUUAGCUAAUAAUCAUAUGAAUACCGUAAAUCCAAUGGCUGCUAUGAAUCCUAUGAUGAAUCCGUAUGCAGCUAUGAUGUCUGCUCAAAAUUUUCCACAAUUAGGCCAAAAUUUGGAUCUCUCUAAUACGUAUAAUACUCCAUUCGUGACCUAUGGCAAUAAUAAUCAGCCUUAA